AAAGGGAAGGGAUGAAGGGAAGAUAAAGAGGAGGAGGAGGAGGAGGAGGAGGAUAUGAGAAAGAAAAAAAAAGAAAGGUAAUGGAUGAAAGGAAGAUAAAAAGGAGGAGGAGGAGGAGGAGGAGGAUAUUUUGCAUGCACUUAACAAGGAGAGGGGAGGUAAGGGGUACUGAGAGCAAUGGAAACUAUGAAGGAAAUGUUGUGUGGCGAGAGUGAACUUGUGGGGGUCGAGUGGUCAGCGCGGGAUCGUGACGAAGACGAUGCAGACUCCGAUUCAAGUCCCACCGCCAGCAGCUGACACUGUGGCCACACCUCCCGUGGUUUGUGGUGGGGCGUGGUGUGGUGCCGGUGUCAUGAUGUGGUGUGUGGUGGUGAUUUAUCCAUGCAACCCAUAACCCCAUAAUUACAUACUCUUUUUAAAGCCUUAUAUCAUAAUCUCUCUUCGUAUAGUCUCUCUCUCUCUCUCUCUCUCUCUCUCUCUCUCUCUCUCUCUCUCUCUCUCUCUCUCUCUCUCUCUCUCUCUCUCUCUCCUUCUGGAUGUCCUCCCUCAUCGACAUAUUAUCGCUGUGGAUAAGAUAAGGCAUCACUUGUUUCGGAAUGCACGCAGUUGUAUAUCUUGAAGUGUAAAGAUGCUGCUUCUUUGUUUCAAGUGAUUGUACAUAAACAGUGUCCUCCCCGAGCACAGCUUUGUUCGUCGUCUCUGUAAGAAAUGUACGUGAUUAUUAGACUUCCAUGUGCGUGGUGCCCUGCCUGCUUGUGAACCUGGUAGGAGGAAUGAGGUUGUUUCGUGUUCAUCUUUCGUGCAUGUCUUCCUCCCUAGACGAAAGCAGUAAGGUUACAGCAGAUUAAUGUGGCGGUGAGCUGUGGGUUAGGUACGCUGUGGGUCAGGAACUUUGGUCACGGUAAGGAUGAGUAUUACGGCCUUAAGGGCUUGUACUGGACGGAUGCAGGCAGCGCCAGGCCCCCCGUGGCACCACUGGCACCCAUGGCAGCUUAACUUGAAUAAAAGUGAACCUGUCCGCCCUGCGUAUCCCUUGUCAACACACCUUCCCCGGACCCGCCUCGGGCCGUCCCGCCGGAAGCCUUCGUGUCUUGCCUCGCCUGACUCUUCCUCCUCACGUUGAGUUGUGGUUGUGGUGGGGAUGGUGGUGGUGGCCUCGUCCGCCCACCCCACCGCCAAAGGUUGUCCGCGGCGCUAAAUACACCCUGCCUCCUCACCAUGCACCGCGGCACGUGACACACGUCCGCCCACCACGCCUCCUGCUGUGUCCAGGGACGCUGCCCAUCCAUGCCCGGCCUGGCGUGGUGACGAGGGUGUUCUCAGCUGCAUGAUAUCUACGCCACAGCCCCGCGUGUCGCCUGGGGCCAAGACACCCGGAAAACACGAGCUUUCACUGUUGUUUUGCGGAUCCGACGACGGCGGGUCCCGGCACCCCGCCACCCUGCUGCCGGCGGCCCCGGCGUACGUAGUACCUCCCGCCGCUGCCUCGCACCCCUUUAAGGCUUGUGCGGCGCCGCGGGACCUGCACGAGAGUUAGAGAGGCAGCGAUGUCAGGGAGGUUUUCUUUGGGGCUCGGCAGGAGGGGUGAGGGAGACGGAGGCGGCGGCGAGGGUGGGACGAGGGCGGCGGGCGUCCCGGGUCCUGCUUCCCGCACGGCACACGCGGCGGGGUGACAGUGUGUCCAGCGCCGGAGAAAGUCAACAAGGACGCUCAUCCAACGCUGCUCAAGGAUGCCAACUCUCCUCUGUGUCAACAAACCACUUUUCCGAGCGAAUGACUCGCCCGGCGUGGCUGCGAGAUCCACCCGAGGCCACGGCGGACCAGACCCAAAGCAGACCCACGGCGAAGUACUGCAUCCCUCCCGCCAGAGUGCCACGUUAAGAAGCCACGCCUGGGCGGAUGAAUGUCGGAGUGUCGUGGCCCCGCGUGCGUCCCCGGCGUGGUUGGCAGGUCUGCUGAGGAAUGAGGCUACACGGAUAUGGGUCAGUCGUCGCUGCCUUCCCCAAGCGUUCGCUCAUUCCUGGUCCGAGGCGGCGAACGCUUUCUAAUCUUCCCAGAGGACUUCGCUCAGAAUCAGCUGAUGCACCGCGUUACCACACACCCGGCAAAUAGCGGGACAACGCGGCGAGGCUGAUCACACCAUUUACUGGACACAUAAAACUCGAACCUUACAAACAUGAAGACAAAUAAACGACCACAAACUAUAGCCCGGCCAUUCCUCUCCUCACUCCCACCUGACCACACCUUCAUACAUAAUCUGGCGGGGCUCUAACCCUUGACCACCUGAACAUACCAUCCACGACGAGACAUACAAGGCGAACUGAGAGGGAAACUGGGGAACGGGGGGGAGCCAGCCUGGGGACGUGGGGAGGCUGGCUGGAGGGAGGUGCUGGGGUGGCCUAUUGGUGGGGAGGGGGAGUGGGGAGGGAAAGAGUGCCUGGGGAGGGGGUGGGGGGAGCGGUGCAGGUGUGUGAGGUGCUCGGCGAGGCUGGUCAGUAGUUGGAGUCGAGUGUUGGUGGUGAUGGGCCGCGGUGGAGGUCGUCCUUGACUCAACUCACCUAGAACUUGAGUCACCGUGAGUCAUAAAUCCUUCCUUGACUCAACUACCCGGAGUCUUAAGUCACCGUGAGUCAUUAGUCCUCCCCUGAUUCACAACUCACCCGGAACUUGAGUCACAGGACCCAGUGUAACAUCAACCACUGCUCUCAAGAACCACACCGAAGCUUCACCUCUUGGAAGAACUAAGGGCUGUGUGCGUCCCGUCGCCUCGUGUUUAGUUAGUGACAAAAAGUGGCUACGCAGACAUUACCCUUUGACCCAAGCUUGCAAGAACGCCUGGUUAAGAGACGCCUGGAAUGUAAUGUUCAAACAGCCGGGGAUUCAUAAAACCUCCCAGCGGAACCCCAAGACCCCAGUGGCCCCAGGACGUGAGGCAUGGUGACCCGGAGACCUCUUUAGGGACUGGGGAGUGGUGUGCCCCAGGACUAUGACGCUGGGGGAGCCUGGGGAGGAUGCGUCGCCCGGGGAGUGAAAUGCUAGGGAAGGGAGGAAGACAAGGAAGGAUUGAGACACUCCCCCUCCUCCUCCUUCAUCGCCCCCUGCUCUUCCUCCUCCUGGUCUUCUUUUGUCUUUCAGUCGGCAAUGUUUCCGCCGCCAUCAAUCAUCAGACGCUCUGCGGGGAGGCGGAACACACACACCGCUAUUACAUGCGCAUCAUCGGGGGCCGCAGCGUGGUGGAGGGCGAGUGGCCGUGGCAAGUGGCGCUACAGCAGACCAACCCCUACAGCGGGAAGCGACUCGGCCAGCACUGCGGCGGCACGCUGAUCCAUCCCUCCUGGGUGCUCACCGCCGCCCACUGCAUCGUUGACCCCGUGUUCAAGUUCGCCCUUCCGCCUCCUUUCUGGACGGUGCGUGUGGGGGAAGUGUCCCUUUCCUCCGAUACUCGCCGCCUCUACCCCGUCUCCAGGAUCAUCACCCACAAGUACUUCGACCCCAAGACGUGGGACAACGACAUAGCGCUGGUGAGGCUCAGGAGACCGCUGGACCUGGAGGAACACGCGGGGCUGGUCAACACGAUCUGCCUGCCCUCCAGAAACAUGUCCUUCCUCGGCCUGCAGUGCUCCGUGACGGGCUGGGGCAGGACCAAGGAGCACGGGAGCAACUCUGACCUUCUGCAGAUGAUCCGCGUGCCAGUCAUGAGCCAGAAGAAGUGCCAGGGCGCCUACAAGAAGGUCAGCCCCGUCAACAACAGGAUGAUCUGCGCCGGCUGGGAGCAUGGCGGCGCCGGGCCGUGCGUGGGUGACAGCGGCGGCCCUCUGCAGUGCCGCGCCAAGGGCGGGCCGUGGACGCAGGCGGGCAUCACCUCGUGGGGCGUGGGCUGCGCCAAGCCCUCCUACCCCGGCGUGUACAUCAGGGUCACCGACUACCUCGACUGGAUCUACAGACACAUGGACAAGACCUACUGACGGUGGCACCCUCUUAGGCUUUGUUUGAUAAAGAGUGUCAACUGUCUACUGAAGCUGGUACUCGGUUAGGUUUUGUAUGUGUAAGGAGUUGUAAGAAAACUACUGACGUCAGUACUCUUUUUGGUUUUGUAUUGUAUAAUGAGUGGUAAGAACACUACUGAAGCUGGUACUCAGUUAGACAGUGUUCCAGGCAGGUGGUGCUGGUGGUUGCACUUUACAGGUAUGGGAAGUUCAAGAAAACAGCUGAUGGUGGCACUGUAUUCGACUCUAAUUAGGAAGUGCCAAAAUAAUGACGCUGGUAUUGUGUCUGGCUUUGUUAUAAUAAGUGCCAGAAGAACAACUGACACUAGCACGUAGACUCUGUAGGGAAUGUGUGGCACUCUGCUAUGAAACGUACCCGAAGAUACUGACUAUAGCACUCCGUUUUGAUGAAUACCAGAGGAGACUGACUGGCACUCUCUUAGGCAUCGUGAAGGGAGUGCCAGAAGAGAUACUGAUGCUGACCUUCCGUUGCACUGAGUGGCAGAAGAGUUACUGAUAUUGUUACUUUGUCAGUCUCUGUAAAAGGAGUGCUAGAGGAGAUACUGACGCUGGCACUGAUAAGCUUAGUAUUUGGAGUGGUAGAAAAAGUAUUGGUUUUGGUAUUCUGCUAGGCUGUGUUUAAGCACUGUUGAGGUUUGUAAAGAAGUGUUAAAUGAACUACUGACACUAGCGCUCCGCCAUAACAAGUACCAGAAGGGCAUCUGACACUACCACUGUGGUGUAGCGUUUGCACUGAGAGUAUCAUGCAGCCACGGACAUUGGUGCUCUGUAAUCCUUAUAUAAUGAAUGUUAGAAGAGCAAUAAUGGACUAAUAGUUCUGCUGGUAUUGGCACUCUAAUAGCCAUGGUUGGAACGAAUGCCAGACAGAUAUACAGUGCCAGAUUUUCUAAAGUCGGCACUCUUGUAACCAAUUAUGGAACGAACCUCAGACAAACUAUGGGUGAGGAUUUAGAGUGCCUGAGGGCCUGUUGGUGUUGGCACUCUUAAGUUCAA